AUGUCCGCAAAGGCCUCCUCAAGCGGCACAACUACUGGCUUCCUCUCGUUCAACUCACGCCCACCACGCCUGUUCAUCACAGCAUCAAGGGCCCAUGCGCCCGAAACCACACUCCUCGCCUGGCAAGCCGAAGGCUUCGAAACGACAUACCUCCCUUUCGAUGUGUCGCAGCAGCCGACAUACAUCUCGACCCUCAAGAACCUGCACAAGGACCUACUUCUCGGUGAAUAUUACGUCAUCCUCGCAUACGGCGACGCCGCGACCAUCGUUUUAAAGACGGCGCAGAAGCCCAUGCCGAGAUGCUGUGGGGUCAUUGCGUUCUAUCCCAGCGUGUUGCCGAACGCGGGCCAUAUGUACCCAAGUCAGCUGCGCGUGCAGAUACAUGUGAGUGGGCAGCAGAACAGUCCUCGGCCGGAGAUGUGCGAUUGGUGGUUAUACCGGUAUGAGAAGUGCAAGAUUGGGUUCGCAGAGCCGGACUCGAAGACAUAUGAGCAUGUGGAAGCAGAGCUAGCGUUCAGCCGGGCGUUCGCAUGCGCGAGGAAAGCCUUCAAGAUAGAGGGAGACAUUGAGUCUGUGGCGCAAGCUGCGUGGAACGCGAAGUAUGAGGAGCAGGUCCCUGAGCGAGGCAGCAUGAGCGUGGUGCAGGGGAUGAGUCAGAACAGCGCGAAUGUUACUAUUGUACCGACGCUGGAGGGCGGCGUGGGGAAGAAGAAUUUAGAGGAGUUCUACCGCGAGUUUUUCAUCCCGAGUUUGGUGGAGGACUUUGAGAUCCGGCUUUUGAGUAGGACGGUUGGUGUGGAUCGCGUGGUGGACGAGAUGUUCGUGUCGUUUACGCAUUCGGAUGAUGUGGAUUGGAUAUUACCUGGAGUGCCGCCGACGAAUAAGCGUGUGGAAAUCGCGAUGGUCAGUAUAGUGGGUGUAAGAGGUGGGAAGCUCGUAAAUGAGCACAUGUAUUGGGAUCAGGCCAGUGUGCUGGUGCAGGUUGGACUGCUCGAUCCGAAGGUCGUGCCGAAGAACUUGAAGAGUCAGGGACUGAAGAAGCUGCCCGUCGUAGGAGCGGAAGGCGCGAGGCAAGUGGUGCACGUGAAGCAGGAACGAUACAAUGGGCUACUGAAAGAGCAUGGGCUUCUAGAUGGGAUGGCCGCGUUGAAUGUAGACGGCGUCAAUGGGGCGUAG